AUGGGUACAUUCAAUCUGACAGAAUACAAUAUAACUUUUUUCAGUGAUAACAAAACCGAUCAAGUACCGAAUGGAACAUUAUCUCUGUUUAAUAACUCCUCAUCAACUCGUUUUUAUGAAUGGGUUUUAGUCUGUUUGUUUAUAAUAGUAUUUAUAAUGGGGCUAGCUGGAAAUGCUUUAGUGUGGUUCUCAGUUUCGAGGAAUUCAAGGAUGCGAUCACCAACUAACAUAUUUCUAGUGAAUUUAGCUCUUAGUGAUUUCAUGGUUCUAUUGCUCUGUCUACCACCGACUGUUGUAGCAGACUAUACUGGUAUGUGGAUGUUUGGCAGUGCACUGUGUAAAAUAAUUACUUAUUUACAGAAAGUGUCAGUAUUCGUGUCGGUGUUGACAUUAACAGCUAUCUCUCUAGAAAGAUGGAUGGCCAUCUGCAGACCAUUGUGGUUCCGGCAAACAUCUUUGAGAUCACGUAGAAUAAUGGUCAUAAUAUGGAUUUUGUCGUUAGGGGCCGCUAUCCCCGAUUUAGUAGUUAUGACUACAAUAAAUGUGUAUACACCUUCAGGAAAUGUAGUGAUUUGUCAACCGGGGUGGAAUGAGUUUCAAGAAAAAAUAAAUUUGUUAUUCAUGUUCAGCGUAUUUUACGUUAUACCACUCGGCAUUAUGACAUUCGCUUACACUAAAGUGGCUUGUUGUUUAUGGAGAAGUGCCUCUUCUGAAAACAUCGAAUCAGCAGUUGCAAGUAUUCCACGAGCUCAACUUAGGAUACGAAAGCAAAAAGCAAGAAUGUUGAUCGUUGUUGUUCUCAUAUUUGCUAUUUGCUAUUUACCUGUAUAUAUGUUAUUCAUUUUAAAGUGUACAGGAGUAAGAAUCUACAUCUCCCCUGGUGCCUUCAAGUUGGUUGUAUUAUCAGCACAUUGGUUGUGUUACUUCAACAGUGCCAUUAAUCCAGCUAUUUAUAAUUUCAUGAGCUGCACAUUUCGGAGAGAAUUCCGCCAAGCAUGCAGAGCUUGUUGUGUUAAAGAAAGACAGCACAGAUUUUCUGAAGGUAAACCAUAUUAA